AUGAAAGCUGUCAUUAAGAAGAUACCAACCACACCCAUCGCGGGGCAGACGAUGGGUACAUCCGGUCUGCGAAAACGUGUGAGUGAGAUUGAGAGCACCCCAAGCUACUUGGAAAACUUUGUAUGCGCCAUGUUCAAAGGAGCAUCAAAUCUCCAAAAACCUGGCAAAAUCAUCAUCGGAGGUGAUGGGAGAUUUUUGAACUUGAAAGCACUCGACAUCAUUGUUCGAGUCGCUAUUGCUCAUGGCUUCACAGACAUCGUCGUCUCACAAAAUGGUAUGAUGUCGACCCCAGCCGAGUCGGCGACCAUUAUUAGAAAUCACAUCCAAGCCGGUUUCAUUAUGACAGCUUCACAUAAUCCAGCUGGACAAGCUCACGGCGACUUUGGACUGAAAUUGAACAUGUCGAAUGGUGGCCCUGCACCAAUUGAAGUCACUUCCAAAAUCGAAGAGGCGGCUCGAGAGAUCAAGGAGUUAGUGAUUGCUGAGUUUGAAACACCAUUGAAGGUCGACACUAUUGGAGACAUUCAGGUUGAGUGCAACGGUCUUAUUUCAACUAUUCAUGUUAUUGACCCAUUCGUGGACUACUUGGCUUACCUCCACGAGUGCUUCGACUUUGCAAAACUGAAAGAGUUCAUCGCAAAAUACAACUUGAAACUGUUGGUUGACUCAUUUAAUGCAGUAACUGGACCUUACAACAAAAAGGUGUUUUGUGAGUUGUUAGGACUCGGGGAAGACUCUUUGAAAAACCCUGUCAGUCUCCCAGACUUUGGUGGAAAGCACCCGGACCCCAACUUGACAUACGCUGCUGAAUUAGUUGGUGAAGUGAUGAAAGAUGACUCCAAGUAUGACGUUGGAUUCGCUUUUGAUGGUGAUGGAGACAGAAACUUGAUUGUCGGUCGUGGGGCUUUCGUUAGUCCGUCAGACUCUCUUGCCAUAUUAUCCACUAAAUACGAAUAUAUCCCAUUCUUUGUUAAAAAUGGGUUCAAAGGAGUCGCUCGUUCAAUGCCAACAUCCGCUGCUGUUGACCGCGUUUGUAGUAUUACUGAAACUCCAACAGGAUGGAAAUUCUUUGGUAACUUAAUGGACAGUGGAAAGAUUUCAUUGUGUGGGGAAGAAUCCUUUGGAACUGGAUGCUGUGGUAUUAGAGAGAAAGAUGGUAUCUGGGCCGCACUCUGUUGGGUCUCAGUGUUGGCCGGUGAGUCGGAGAAAGCCGGCAAGUUGGUUGGAAUCAAAGACGUCUUGGAAGCACAUUGGGCCAAAUAUGGAAGAAACUAUUAUCAACGAUACGACUUUGAUGAAGUUGAUAAACAAAAGGCUGAAGACAUGAUGCAAGCAAUGCGAGACAACGCAAAGACGGCGAAAGCUGAUUUGAGUGGAGUUCCAUUGAAGUUCUGUGACGACUUUGAAUAUCGUGACAGUGUUGAUGGAAGUGUAACAAAGAAACAGGGUAUCAGAUUUGUCUUUGAAGAUGGCUCGAGAAUCAUUUUUAGACUUUCUGGAACCGGUUCUGUCGGAGCCACUGUUAGAGUUUACUUCGACAAGUAUUCCAAAAAUUUCAAGGAAGAUCCAAAUGUUGUUCUCAAAGAGAUGGUUACGUUGGCUUAUUCAUUGAGUCAAAUCACAAGGUUCACUGGCAGAGAAAGACCUUCUGUUAUCACAUAA